CCUUUCUCUGCAUCGCGUUCGCCGACCUCCGCUGCUACAGCGAAGAUGAUCACGAGUAUGAACGACAACGGGAAGAAGAACGCGACCGCCACAUGAGCAUACUACCAGUUCUGCUCAGGAGAUUCUUCCCUGCACCAGGCACUCUUGUGUCCAAGAAUGUGCCGCCGCCCUGAAUCUCUCCAUAUGCAGCUUCUCGCGAAUGUUCUGUGCCUGCGCGUCGAGACUUAUUGCCAUUGGCCUGUCGAGAGGGAUGCCGUACGAGAUCCCCUCAAAGUUCGACCGGCGCGCGGUCAAGACGGGCAAUCGUCUUUUGUGCUGCAGCCAAAGACCAAGUUGAGCAUGAGAGCGAGAUGUGGACGCGACAUACGGUUGGGAAGCCUAUGGAAGAUCUGGGCUCGAGAGAUCAGGACUUGUCGCAUGCGAGAGCGAGCGAGCGAGUAUUGAUUCGAACUCACUCUCGCAGGUCCGAAGGAACGGAUGCGGCAUGCGAUCCGAGCCUACCCCUGCCUCGUGCGGUGCCUCUAUGGGCUUCCACCAUGUAGAUACCAGCCUUGAAUGUAUCAUUUCGACGACCGAUGAGGUGAUGACCAGACGGCCCGU